CAGCCCCGUGAUGAAGGCAGCAGGAGUCAGAGAACUAUUCAUUGCAGGAAGCCCCAGCAUCCGGUGAGAAAUAAGAAGUGCAACAGCACAGGAUACGCCUUGGGUCAGGGGGACGCGGAAAGCCCGCAGCCUUUGUGUCCUUCUCUGGGCCAGAGUGGCUGCAGCUCACCCCUCAGCUCCCCUCAGGGCCCAGCUGGGAGCCGAGAUAGAAACUCCUGUCCCUGCUGUCCCUGCUGGGCUUCUCGCCUCCCGCCGAGGGGCACAUGGAGACCGGGAUGGCCACCUUCACCGGCCUGCUGCUGCUGCUACUCCUGGGCCAGCCAGGGGCUGGCAUGGGAGGUGACACGGAGGCGGUGGUCUGCGCGGAGAUGGCCUGCUACACGGCCCACUGGGGCAAGCUGAGCGCUGCCGAGGCCCAGAGCCACUGCAGCCAGAAUGGGGGCAACCUGGCCACUGUGAAGAGCCGGGAGGAGGCCCAGCACAUCCAGCGAGCCCUGGCCCAGCUCCUGAGGCUGGAGGCGAACCUGACGGCGAGGAUGGGCAAGUUCUGGAUCGGGCUCCAGCGAGAGAAGGGGAAGUGCCUGGACCCCAGCCUGCCGCUGAAGGGCUUCAGCUGGGUGGGCGGCGGGGAGGACACGCCUUACGCGAACUGGUACAAGGAGCUCCGCAGCUCGUGCGUCUCCAAGCGCUGUGUGUCUCUGCUGCUGGACCUGUCCCAGCCUCUCCUUUCCAGCCACCUCCCCAGGUGGUCCGAAGGCCCCUGUGGGAGCUCAGACUCCCCCGGAAAUAACAUUGAGGGCUUCGUGUGCAAGUUCAGCUUCAAAGGCAUGUGCCGGCCCCUGGCCCUGGGGGGCCCAGGCCAGGUGACCUACACCACCCCCUUCCAGACCACCAGUUCCUCCUUGGAAGCUGUGCCCUUUGCCUCUGCGGCCAACGUGAUCUGUGGGGAUGGGGACCAGGACAAGAGUCAGAGUCAUUAUUUCCUGUGCAAGGAGAAGGCCCCUGAUGUGUUCGACUGGGGCAGCUCGGGCCCUCUCUGUGUCAGCCCCAAGUAUGGCUGCAACUUCAACAAUGGGGGCUGCCACCAGGACUGCUUUGAAGGAGGGGAUGGCUCCUUCCUUUGCGGCUGCCGGCCAGGGUUCCGGCUGCUGGACGACCUGGUGACCUGUGCCUCCCGUAACCCUUGCAGCUCCAGCCCAUGCCGUGGGGGGGCCACAUGCAUCCAGGGUUCCCAUGGGAAAAACUACACAUGCCACUGUCCCCAAGGGUACCAGCUGGACUCAAGUCAGCUGGACUGUGUGGAUGUGGAUGAAUGCCAGGACUCCCCCUGUGCCCAGGAGUGUGUCAACACCCCUGGGGGCUUCCGCUGCGAAUGCUGGGUUGGUUACGAACCGGGUGGUCCUGGAGAGGGUGUCUGUCGGGAUGUGGAUGAGUGUGCCCUGGACCCCUCGCCCUGCGCCCAGGGCUGCACCAACACAGACGGCUCAUUCUACUGCUCCUGCCAGGAGGGCUACGUCCUGGCUGAGGAGGACGGCACUCAGUGCCAGGAUGUGGACGAGUGUGCAGGCCCUGGGGUCUCCCCCUGUGACAGCUUGUGCUUCAACACACAAGGGUCCUUCCUCUGUGGCUGCCUGACAGGCUGGGAGCUGGCCCCAAAUGGGGUCUCCUGCACCAUGGGGCUUGUGUCUGUGGGACCACCAUCUGGGCCCCCCGAGGAGGAGUACAAAGGAAAGAAAGAGGGGAGCACCGUGGCCCCCGCUGCAGCAGCCAGUCCCACGAGGGGCCCUGAGGGCACCCCCAGGGCCACACCCACCACAAGAAGACUUUCACUCUCACCUGACGCCCCAGUCACCUCUGACCCACUGGAAAUGCUGGCCCCUAGUGGGUCCCCACGCAUCUGGAAGGAGCCCAGCAUCCAUCAUGUCACGGCCAUCUCUGGCCCCCAGGAGCCUGAAGGUGGGGACUCCUCCGUCGACAAACAAAACAACGAUGGCACUGACGGGCAAAAGUUGCUUUUGUUCUACAUCCUGGGCACCGUGGUGGCCAUCCUCCUCCUGCUGGCCCUGGCUCUGGGGCUCCUGGUCUAUCGCAAGCGGAGAGCGAAGAGGGAGGAGAAGGAGGAGAAGCCUCAGAAUGCGGCAGACAGGUACUCCUGGGUUCCAGAGCGAGCGGAGGGCAGGGCCAUGGAGAACGCGUACAGUCCGACACCUGGGACAGACUGCUGAAAGUGAGGUGGCCCCAGAGACAGUAGAGUCAUCGGCCACCGCCCUCAGAACUUUGAACUCCCCAUCCCAAGGGGGACCCACAUCUUUCUGAAAGACUGGACUGGAAUCUUAGCAAACAACUGUAAGCCUUCUCCUUAAAGGCCCCAGAACACGCAGGUAUUCUCUACGCAUGUGUGGUGUUCCUGAAGUGGAAGCUGUGUGUUGGCUUGCCACGGUGGAAAUUUUGUGACUCCGUAAUGAUUCUUACAUCUCCCUUUUCAAAUUCCAGUGUGAUAGAUUCCAGAUUAGGGUGUGAGGAGGCCGGGGCUAGGGGCUCCCCUGAACAGCUUCUCUGCUCACUUUGACCACCUAAGAGGAAAAGGCAGGCUACUCGUGCUGAUUAGGAUUGAAAUGAUUUGUUUCUCUUCCUGGGAUGAAAACUAAGUCAAUUAACUAUUCAGUUAGAUGAGACGCUCUGGUUUUUUGGUCGAAGGGAAGAUGUUCAGGACUGGAAACAGUUCUUUACAUUUGCAUUCCUGCAUUUCCCCAGCACAAGUCUUGCUGAAUGGGAUCUUGUUGACGUCCCCCAGAAUGGCUAGCUGUGCAAUUAACCGCUUAGGUCACCAGGAGCCUGGAAGUGCCUCCCUAGUUCCAUUUCUAGUAGUCUUGGGUUUAUUUGCAAAGGAAGUUUGAAAAGUAUGAGCAAAGUUGCUUGAAGUGAGUUAUGGGUGUUUUUGUGAAGCCGCGUCACCUACAGGGCUAGGUGGGAGCGGGCAGGGAUUUGUUCACAGAUACUUGAAUUCGUUCAUCUAAAUAUACUGAGGUUGCCACACA